CGGGUCCUUGCCUCUGUUUUCUUAGGUAGCCUGUUAAAAUGCCCGAACUCAAAACACUUCUUUUUCCAAGAUGGCGUCGAUGAAGGACAGCGACACCGGCCUGUGGCUUCACAACAAAUUGGGAUCUACAGACGAGCUUUGGACGCCACCGAGCAUUGCCUCUCUCCUCACAGUGUCUGUAAUCGACAACAUACGGCUGUGCUUUUCCAGUUUGUCGCCGCCAGUGAAGCUAAAGCUCCUACUCGGGAUGCUGCAUCUUCCCCGGCGCACCGUGGACGAGAUGAAAGAGGCUCUGUCCGAGAUAAUCCAGUUGGCCACAGUUGAUUCAGAGCCUUGGGUGUUGAUGGUUGCAGACAUCCUCAAAUCCUUCCCAGAGACGGGCUCUCUAAAUUUGGACUUGGAAGAGCAAAACCCAAAUGUUCAGGAUAUCCUUGGAGAGCUCAGGGAAAAAGUGAGUGAAUGUGAGGCAUCCUCUAUGCUUCCUCUUGAAUGCCAGUACCUGAACAAGAGCGCCUUAACCACAUUGGUGGGACCUUUGACACCCCCUGUCAAACAUUUCCAACUCAAAAGAAAGCCCAAAAGUGCAACGCUGAGAGCAGAAUUGCUGCAAAAAUCCACAGAGACAGCUCAGCAGUUAAAAAAGACAGCUGGAGUGCCUUUUCAUGCCAAAGGGAGAGGCUUGGUUAAGAAGAUUGACAAUACUACUCCUCUUAAGGGGAUUCCCAAAGCCCCAUUUCGAAGUCCCACAGCCCCCAGUAUGUUCAGUCCGCCCAGCAAUCGCACACCUAUUGCUCCUGCACGCACACCUCUUCGCAAAGAGAGAGGAGUGAAGCUUUUGGAUAUUUCUGAGCUGGAUAUGGUAGGAGCUGGACGAGAAGCUAAAAGGAGAAGAAAGACUUUGGAAACAGAGACUGGGGAGAAAGCAACCAAAGAAGAAGCAGUGGUUGAAAACACAACUCCAGAUUACGCUGCGGGACUUGUUUCGGCACAGAAACUGGGGGCAUUGAAUGAGAACCCACUGCCAUCAACAAGUUACUUACCAGCUACUCCCAGCAUGGUGCCCUCAUCCUCUUAUAUCCCCAGUUCUGAGGCACAGCCAGCAAACGCAGGUGGUUCAGGGCGAGAAACCCUACAAUCAACUCGCCAACCAGAGGAGCCAGCCACAGCGGGCACCGGGGCCAACGCUACACUUCCGGGCCAGUACAAACAGAGGACCCCCAUGUACAACGCAGGGACCACAGCCAACCCCGCCACACCCACCUCUCCCAGCACCCCCACCUCCACGCCUGCCAACAACGGACCUCCAGCAGCAGCUACAGCCAGCCAGCCUGAGACCCCCACCCAUUUCCCCAGCACGCCACAGACCCCCACACCUACCUCUGCACCUCAGCAGCCCCAGCCGAAAAAGAACCUCUCGCUCACGAGAGACCAGAUGUACGCCGCUCAGGAGAUGUUCAAAACAGCCAACAAGGUCACAAGGCCAGAAAAGGCGCUCAUUCUGGGCUUCAUGGCAGGAUCCAGAGAGAACCCAUGCCCGGAGCAAGGGGACAUCAUCCAGAUCAAGCUGAGCGAGCACACGGAGGUCCUGCCCAAAGCCGACGGCACUGGCAGCACCACCAUGCUAGUGGACACUGUGUUCGAAAUGAACUACUCAACAGGACAGUGGACCCGGCUCAAGAAAUACAAGCCCAUCACCAACACCUCCUGAGCAGUACUCUCCUGUACCCCCCUUCCCCAAUCACACUAAACGAUAACAUGCACACAAGUAUCAUUCACAUUCGAGCCAAAUGCUUCUCUGGUAGGGCAAUGGAGAGAGCAAGCCUCCCUUUUCCAGCUGUUAAAAUGCUGGACUGUGUCUUUGGUUGUUUCUUUCUACCUUUUUAUUGUUUGUUUUUAAAUGGCCUCCGGUUCCUAAUGGUGGUCAGGUGGAGAGAAGUUUACUGCACCUGAAAAUGUGGAAUCCCAGUUAACUACAACUAGAAUAGUGGGCUAUCUGUCUAGCUACUUGUCUUUGAGUGGUAUUCAAAAUUAUGGACAUGCUCAAAAGAAAAGGACUUGUAAAACUGUAUCUUGGUGUCUGGAGACUUUUGAUAAAUGUUUAUGGAAACUUCCCUUUUAAAGAAGGUAUGAAAAUAAAAAGACAGACUCCA